AUGGCGACCACGUCCAACAUGUUCCUGUACUCCCUGACGAUCCAGCCGCCGUCAACCAUGACCCAGGCCAUCCUGGGCCAAUUCUCAGGCUCCAAGGAGCAGCAGAUCAUCACGGCCUGUGGCUCGCGUCUCUCCCUCCUGCGGCCCGAUCCGACCCAGGGCAAGGUCAUUACGCUGCUCUCGCACGAUGUCUUUGGCAUCAUCAGGUCCAUCGCCGCCUUCCGCCUGGCAGGAAGCAGCAAAGACUACAUCAUCCUGGCCACCGACUCUGGUAGAAUCGCCAUCGUCGAGUACCAACCGUCGCAGAACAGAUUCACGCGGAUCCACCUCGAGACCUUCGGGAAGUCGGGAAUCCGCCGAGUCAUCCCGGGCCAGUUCCUCGCAGCAGACCCAAAGGGCAGGGCGUGUCUGAUCGCGUCCGUUGAGAAGAACAAGCUCGUCUACGUUUUGAACCGAAACUCGCAGGCAGAGCUCACCAUAUCCUCCCCCUUGGAAGCGCACAAGCCUGGUGUGCUUGUCUUCUCCCUCGUGGCUCUCGACGUCGGCUACGCGAACCCCGUCUUUGCCGCCCUCGAGACCGAGUACACGGAAGCCGACCAGGACUCUUCAGGCCAAGCCGCUCGGGAGGCGGAAACGCAACUGGUGUACUACGAGCUCGACCUGGGGCUGAACCAUGUGGUUCGUAAGUGGUCCGAGCCUGUCGACCCCACCUCGAGCCUGCUGUUCCAGGUCCCAGGAGGCAACGACGGCCCUUCGGGUGUGCUUGUCUGCGGCGAGGAGAAUGUCACAUACAGGCACUCCAACCAAGAAGCGUUCCGGGUGCCCAUUCCACGGCGGAGAGGCGCAACAGAGGACCCCCAGCGCAAGCGCUGCAUUGUUGCAGGUGUCAUGCACAAGCUCAAGAACAGUGCCGGUCUUUUCUUCUUCCUGCUCCAGACCGAUGAUGGAGAUCUGUUCAAGGUGACCAUUGACAUGGUCGAGGACGCCGAAGGCAACGCAACUGGCGAAGUCGAGCGCCUGAAGAUCAAAUACUUCGACACUGUUCCGGUCGCAUCUAGUUUGUGCAUCCUGAAGAGUGGAUUCUUAUUUGUUGCGAGCGAGUUCGGAAAUCACCAGUUCUAUCAGUUCGAGAAGCUCGGUGACGACGACGAGGAGCUCGAGUUCAGCAGCGAUAACUUUCCUACCGACCCGCAGGCCGCCUACGAGCCCGCCUAUUUCCAUCCUCGCCCGAAUGAGAACUUGGCCCUGGUUGAGAGUGUCAACUCAAUGAAUCCUCUCAUCGACACCAAAGUCGCGAACCUCACAGACGACGACGCACCACAAAUCUACGCCGUGUGCGGCAAUGGCGCACGUAGCACAUUCAGGACGCUCAAGCACGGCCUCGAGGUUAAUGAGAUCGUGGCAUCGGAACUUCCUGGCACGCCAUCCGCAGUCUGGACAACAAAGCUUCAGAGUGACGAUCAGUUCGACGCGUACAUUAUUCUGUCGUUCACUAAUAGCACUCUGGUGCUGAGUAUCGGCGAGACUGUUGAGCAAGUCAGUGACACUGGGUUUUUGGACUCGGUCCCGACUCUCGCCGUUCAGCAACUCGGAGACGACGGUCUCAUUCAGGUCCACCCCAAAGGAAUACGGCAUAUUCGAAGCGGCCGAGUAAAUGAAUGGAGUGCACCACAACACCGAUCUAUUGUGGCUGCAACCACAAAUUCCAGACAGGUGGCCAUCGCCCUCAGCUCUGGCGAGAUUGUCUACUUCGAGAUGGACGAAGACGGGUCGCUGGCCGAGUACGACGAGAAGAAGGAAAUGUUCGGGACCGUGACGUGUCUGAGUCUCGGCGAUGUCCCUGAGGGUCGGCAAAGGAGCUCUUUCUUGGCCGUCGGGUGCGACGAUCGCACUGUUCGCGUGCUGAGCCUGGACCCUGACUCUACUCUCGAGAACAAGUCCGUCCAGGCGUUGUCUGCAGCUCCAUCGUCGCUGUCUAUCAUGGCGAUGGAAGACUCCGCAACGGGAGGGUCCACUCUCUAUUUGCAUAUUGGUCUGCACUCUGGCGUCUACCUGCGGACGGUCCUGGAUGAGAUCACGGGCGACCUGACAGAUACCCGCCAGAAGUUCCUCGGCAUCAAAUCUGUGAGGUUGUUCCAGGUGACCUGCCAAGGAUCGGUCUGCGUCCUUGCCCUGAGCUCCAGGGCGUGGCUUGGAUAUGCCGACCCCCUCACUCGAAGCUUCAUGAUGACCCCCCUUGACUAUCCUGAAUUGGAAUGGGGCUGGAGUUUCAACAGCGAGCAAUGUGUGGAAGGCAUUGUAGGCAUCCAUGCCAACUAUCUCAGAAUCUUUUCGAUCGAGAAGCUCAGUGAAAACCUUAUUCAAAAGUCGAUACCGCUCACUUACACACCCAAGAAGCUGGUCAAGCAUCCCGAGCAGCCCUAUUUCUACACAAUCGAGGCUGAUAACAACACGGUAGAUCUGGAUGGCAACGAGGCAGCAGUGAGCGUGGCUGUGGUACCCUUUGCAAGUCAGGAUGGCGAAAGCUUCCUGAUUGUGGGUACAGCCAAGGACCUGAUCCUCAACCCACGACAAUUCACCGAGGGCUAUAUUCACGUAUACCGGUUCCAAGAGAACGGAAGGGAACUUGAGUUCAUUCACAAGACCAAGGUGGAAGAGCCGCCAAUGGCUCUGCUGCCAUUCCAAGGCAGGUUACUGGCAGGCAUCGGUACAACAUUACGGGUCUACGAUCUGGGUCUACGGCAACUGUUGAGAAAGUCGCAGGCGGAAGUCACACCAAACCUCAUUGUGUCUCUUCAAGCUCAGGGAAACCGCAUCGUCGUCAGUGACGUGCAGCAAGGUGUGACGUAUGUCGUGUACAAGCCCGAGACCAACAAGAUCAUACCCUUUGUGUCUGAUACUGUCAACCGAUGGGUAACUUCAACGACCAUGGUCGACUAUGAGUCAGUGGCUGGCUCCGACAAGUUCGGCAACGUCUGGAUUCUGCGGUGCCCCGAAAAGGCCAGUCUUGAGGCUGAUGAGCCAGGGUCCGAGGUCCACCUUACCCACGCACGGCCGUACCUCCACGCCACGCCUCACAGGGUAGACCUCAUGGCCCACUACUACACGCAGGAUCUGCCCACCAGUAUCACCAAGACGAGUCUCGUGGUCGGUGGCCAAGAGGUGCUGCUAUGGGGUGGCAUCCAAGGCACCGUUGGUGUCUUCAUCCCCUUCAUGAGCAGGGAGGACGUGGACUUCUUCCAAAGCCUGGAGCAGCACAUGAGGUCCGAGGAUGCACCGCUCGCAGGCCGUGAUCACCUCAUGUACCGUGGCUACUACGCGCCAGUCAAGGGCGUGAUCGAUGGCGACCUCUGCGAGAGGUACUCGCUGCUUCCCAACGACAAGAAGCUGAUGAUCGCGGGAGAGCUGGACCGCUCGGUCCGGGAGGUUGAGCGGAAGCUUUCGGAUAUCCGCACACGCUCUGCAUUCUAG